AUGGCCGCCGACAAGCCCACAGAGACACCUACUGCCGCCGAGCAAAAGCCCGAAGAGACCAAGACCGCCAAACCCGCAGCGCUUGGCGAGGACGACGAGUUCGAGGACUUUCCUGUGGAAGACUGGCCAGAGAACGAGACCGAGGCCGCAGCACAGGGCGAGUCGAGCAAGCACUUGUGGGAGGAGAGCUGGGACGAUGACGACACGAGCGACGAUUUCUCGCAGCAGCUCAAGGCCGAGCUACAAAAGGUCGAGGCUGGCAAGCGGAAAUAG